AUGGCCAACGAAGGUCUUAAAAAUAAGAGUGAUUUAAAUUUGGAUGAAGUGCCAGUUAAAAAAAUGAAGCUUGAUACUGAGAAAGACUCGGUUUUGACAAGAACAGUUGCAACUAUGUGCGGAGCUUGGAGGCCAGAAGAGGAGUAUGGGGGACUGGUCUUUGUGUUUAAGACUAGGGAUCCGGGCCUUAGCCCUAAUCCUGCUAAUGAAGCUGACUAUCCUGAGAACAUUGAAGAUUUUUGGGAGGCGACCUUUCCAUCCGGCGAUGAUGAACAGUCUUGCGACUAG